AUGCUAUCAGAGCAACAAGCCUGGGUCGCGGCAAAGAAUUCUGACAUACUCGUCAACCAUUCUUCAUUACGCAAAGUACUGGCAAGUGAAGCUUGUGAUGGGCAGUUCGAUUGUGUUCUGAAUACGAUUGAGCAGUGGAAGUGCUCAUCUGUCUACAAAGAAAAUCAAAAGGACAUUUUGGGAAUAUUAAAACUGCGAUACGAUGCUGCUUGGGCAAAGGAGGUCCGGAAAGCCAAGAAAGAAACUCGGAAUAAAGAAAAGGAGCUAGCUCAACUGGUAUCCCAAAUAACUCAUAUGAUACAGGAUCCAAAUCCGACUCAGGACCCUGAGGUUGUAGAGUCAGAUAUUCGACAAGACGAAAAUUUUUUGGAGACUAUCAGCAAUCCACCUCCAGAGCUUCUUGUAUCUCAAGACCCUCAAACCCAUCCACCUGGUCAGGCGCUUCACCAUUAUCCGAUUCCAACUAAUGGUCAUGAGGUUGUAGAGUCUGAACUUUGCUUGGAUCCUAUCAUAAAAACACCUCCAGUUUCAAAUCGACCUCCCAAAAGAUCAAUUGGUUUGGGCGCUUCCGCAGAAGAGCCAGCCCUUCGACCACGAUUAGAAGAUAGUCAUGAAAGUAUGUAUACACCUACGUAUGAACAUAAUCCAAACUACCACCAUGACAAUGUUUACUACUACUAUAACAAUGCCCACACCUACGAUAACAACACCAACUACUCUCAUCGCAAUCAGAACUACAACAAUCACGAUGCAAACACCUACAGUGAAAACAUCGUCCCCUUGAAUCACGAUCUGAUCUACUCAAAAGACUAUCCAAUACCACUGCCACAAACUCAUCUUCAAAGCUACGGAAACGAGGAAAACUAUCAAAAGAACAUAGAAAAUAAGGAGAACUACUACGAUCACAUUCAAAUGCCACAACGUGAUUUUUCAAACUACUUAGGUGAGGGCAGAGUAAAUUACGGUGAUCAGAAUCAAGAGGAAAAAUAUCAAAAGAACGGAGAAAUUAAUGAGAACUACUAUAAUCACAAUCGAAUACCACAAUGUGAUAAUCAAAACUACUUAGGUGAGGUCAGAGUAAAUAAUGGAGAUCUCAAUCGAAUGUUACCACCUGAUCGUCAAAACUACACUAACGAGGAAAAUAGAUCCUAUAGUCAAUACUACACAGAACAUUGUGACUAUGAAAACUACGCUCAUCUUAGAAGUGACAAUCAAAACUACCGCGAUUAUCCAAACUAUGAGACCACCGACCACACUCCUAUGCAAACUCAAAACCAUCCUUCUAACCAACAACAUCUUCAAAACUACGCUGAUCAUGAAGACUUCAACUACUCCACUCAAACUUCCAAACAUCAAAAUGUUUACUACAAAACCUAUCAUCAUCACUACCAUUCACAAGUUCCACCCAAUCAGCAUUAG